AUGUGGCUCACCAGGGUGCUCUCGUCGACGACCUUCCUCGGCGCCAUCAUAUUCACAAUCCCGCUUGCAUUCGACAUUGGCGGGCGAACAUGUGGGCUGGCCUUCUCGCUGGGCCUUAGCACAUACUACUUCCUGUACUCCGUCCUGCGACUGGCGACACCGGACCAUUCGAGAUUCAGAUGGGCGCUAUGCAACAUGGUCGCGUGGGCACAGUGGCUGGCGAUUCCAACACUGCUAAUAUGGAGCCUGAACAAAUUCUCCAUCGAUGCGAACAAUAGCUCGGGCUGGGUGGAGCGCACAUUCGGUGGACGGAGAUCAGACUUCAAGUCGGUGACGGACUGGGUGUUUGGCGCAGAGGGGCUGCUGCAGAGUGCCUCAAUUGGUGCAUGGGACAAGACGCUGAGGUACAGCACACCUGUCUUCCAGGUCGCCGAGGGCUUUUGCAGUUUGUUGGUUAUUCAGGCUGCUGGGCAAAUCACACGAUGGGUAGUGAACAGAGAGCGGGGUGACAGUUGGAUGAUUGGCCUCCUGAUCACGUCUGCCUCCAUCAUCUCAACCUCCGUCUAUUUCCUCUGGCGCAUCACUACCUUCCCCGAGAUUAGCAAUGUAGACGCUAUUCUCAUUGGUGUAGCCAUCACGACAGCCAUAUUUCUCGGUGGAUGGGGUAUCGUCAGUGCGCGAGGCAACCCAGUUGAAUCCUCAUUGCUUUUUGCCUACGUGACCCUCUGCAUCUACCAAAUCUUCACAGACUAUCAGCCCUCUCCAGAUUCAAUUCCCGCGGCAAACGCUUCCGACCCUGCGCUACCUCCACUUCCACCAAUAAUCAUGGCAUCGUACACGACGCUUCUCCACGCCAUGGGCUCCCUCCCUACCAUCAUCCACACCGGAUUCAACCUCAUGGUCGGAGCCAUCAUGACCAUCACGCCUUCCGUCAUCAUCUCGCUCGCCUACCGCGUCUUCGUUAUGUAUGCCGCAGCCCGCAUCAUCCCUGCCAUACGGGAAAGCGGCGCGAGAGCAUUAUCGCAAGAACCAAGCCUUGACGACGACGACGAGACGUCCAAGAUCCUUGGAUUCCUGACAUGGUUCAGCCCCAGUAUCAUCAUUGCAGUCUACACUAGCCUGCUAAUGCAGCACUUUGCCAGCGGAAACGGCACUGACGGAAGCGCCGUCACGGGAGAGUGGUGGAAAAACCAAGGCGGUGAUGCGGGUGGGAAUACCUGGAGAUGGGUGAACCUUGCCAUCACGAUGGGCCUGUACGCCAUCGAACUGAAGAUCUCGAACCAGGACGACGACGGCAGGUUGACAAGUCAUUGGAAAGUCGAUUAG